GCGCGGUGAGCCAAUCGCGAGCGCGUAUCCGCGCGCCCCUGAGUUCCCUUUUUGCCGGGUGGUUGUUCCGGAAAUCCCUGGCGGGUCCCUCGCUCUCUGUAACUUUGUUCGCGCUUUAAUCCCUCAACCGCCUUCAUCGUUCUUCUUCUUCGUCUUCUUGUUGUUGUUGAUUAUCACUGGACGGCGUUUAGCGUAACGCCAUGGCCGUUCGCCUGGCGUUCGUCGCCCUUGUCGCCGCGUGGGCCCGUGGCGAGGCGUGGGACCGUGCGGGUUACGUCCUCUACUGCCCCUGCAUGGGGCGCUUUGGGAACCAGGCCGACCAGUUCCUGGGCUCGCUGGCGUUCGCGCGAAUGCUGAACCGCACGCUGGCCGUGCCCCCCUGGGUGGAGUAUCGCCACCACACGCCGCCUUACACCAACGCGCACGUCCCGUACGCGGAGUAUUUCCAACUGGAGGCUCUGAGCAAGUUCCAUCGCAUCGUGAGCCUGGAGCACUUCAUGGAGCACCUUGCCCCGGACCACUGGCCCCCGGCCGCCCGCACCGCCUACUGCUUCGAGGCGGCUGCGACACGCAGCCCCGAUAAGCGCUCGUGCCCCAUGAAGGACGGCAACCCCUUCGGGCCUUUCUGGGACCAGUUUGGAGUGGACUUUGUUCAUUCGGAGGUGUUUAACAGCCUCUCCUACCAUCCACACAGCAUGCAGCGCUGGCUUGACAAGUACCCGGCUGACAAGCACCCGGUGCUCGCGCUGCCCGGUGCGCCGGCACAGUUUCCCGUGCUCCCUGAACAUCGCCGCCUCCAACGCUACGUCGUGUGGUCACACAAGAUGGUCUCCGAGGGCAAUCGGCUCAUCAGCGAUCGACUAGCGAGGCCUUACCUGGCCAUUCACCUGCGGGUCGGCUCAGACUGGCACAACACGUGCGCCCUCCUGCGCGAGGGCAAGGUGGGCUCGCACCUCAUGGCGUCGCCGCAGUGCGUGGGCGACGACCUCGCAACGGCGCGGCCCCUCACCCUGGCCAUGUGCCUGCCGAGCGUGACGGACGUGACUCGCGCCGUUCGUGCCUGGGCCACGCGCAUCGGCGCGCGCUCGGUCUACGUCGCGACUGACUCGCAAGACUACUCCGAGGAGAUUGGCGAGGCUCUGCAAGGACAGGUGAAAGUGGUGGCUGUGAAGCCAGACGUGGCGCAGCUGGACCUGUACGUGCUGAGCCAGGCUGACCACUUCAUCGGGAACUGCGUCUCGUCGUUCACGGCCUUCGUGAAGCGCGAGAGAGACGUACACGGGCGGCCGUCAUCCUUCUUCGGCAUGGACGAUGCCGUCAGCACUCGCAACGAGGAGCUCUGAAUGUGAAUGCAAUUUCUGGGAGCAAAAAAAAAAAACCUAUUGAAACUGUGCGUGCGAAAAGCCUUUAUUUACGUCUUUUGGUUAUUGACCAUCGUAUGAUACUUGGGAACAUUUUUUCAGAUCAAAGUAUUUAUUGAACUGAUAAUUCAAAUAAAUGUCGGAUUUAAUGUUUUAAAAUAAUGAUGUAACCGGUAAAUGACUGCCUCCGGGUUUUUGGCACAAUUUUGUGCAGUUGUAUAAAUGUAAACUUUUUUUGUAUCUCAUGCCUGUCAAAUUGUAUUUUAUUGAGCGUAAUGGAAUUGCAUUCUGAUCUAAAUUCAUGCGGAAGUUAGCAACACUCACAUUUUUUAAAUAUUUAACAGUUAAGCAAAUGUCAAGACAUGUAUAUUGUUUUCGUGUACAUUUGUCCUGCUAUAUUUAACUUGUGUUGGCCGAGGCUGCAUCUAUCCUCUUGUAGUAAAAAUACAAGCCUGGAAAUGCACAAGUGCCAGACUAUGGGGUGAUUGAUGUUGGGUUGUACCAGCUUGGUCAUGUAUUUUUUUGUAAAGGUGGCGAUGGAGGAAUUUAGGAGUAUUGAAACAAAAUUGGAAUUGGCUGCAGAAGUUUGUGCAACGACUACUUCAAGCCAACAUUGCAUGAAGCGGCAAAUUUACUUUCUAAAAACGAUCACUAUACAAUUCUGUGAACAAUUAACAAAAAACUGGAGACCACGAAUUUCGAUUGGUUGUAUCGAAUUGCUAGUGUCAUGUUUGCAUUGAUCACAAAAGUAUAAACUAAUAUACAAGUUGCUCUUGUACAGUUUUUGCAUAAAUCUAUUUUAGUUAGGUUAAGGACUACAUUUAAGUUUCAACUUGAUUACAUGAACACCUAUGCUGGAAAUAGUUCUAUAGAUUGGGCCCUUCCCUGUUUUAUUUGGCUUUUGUCAACAAAACCCACGUAUAAACUACAAAACGACAUUUUUGAAAACAUCGCUUUAAUAUGAGUGCUGAUAGCUGUAAACGAUCAUUGCACAGUUGCCAAUGGGAAAGUCUUUGCCUUUAUUACCUGUCAACUCGAAAUGUUUACUUUUGUUUCUGUGAAUAAAAAAAUAUUUUAAAAUA